AUGAAGACGGUCGUAGAAGAAACGGUCCCUCUCAGGACCCGAGCGCUGUCUCUCAGGCAGAUCCUGAGUUGUCUCCUGGUGUACCUCUGGGAUGUUUACUCCAAAGCUGUUCCUUCGGGCAGAGAAAUCGUUUGUCUGAUGUCUCUCUGCUUCCUGUUGGCUGCCAUCACUGGCGGCCUGUUGCACUGGUGGCUGUCAGACACGCUGAAAUAUGAGCAUGCAGCAUCUGUGCAGACCGCCUGCUUCUACAGCGUGUGCAUGCUCCCGGCCUCCUUCCUGUGCCACCCUCUACGCUGCGUGCUGACCUUGAUCCUGCCGACGGCGUGCACCAAACAGGGACGUAAACUCCUGGUGUCGGCCUCCGUCAUGGUUUUAGUGUUGAACGUGGUCCCUAACAUCUCAGCCAAUGUUGGGGCAGUCGCACGCAUCCUGAAGUGCACCGCUGAAGGUUUCACCAGAACUUUGUUGAACUCAACCGAACCCUUCAACAGAGCCAAGAACGACCUCAUGAAGGAAGCCAUGGAAGUGUGGAGGGAGGACCUGAGUGUCGUCAGCCAUUUAAGACAUCUGGAUCAUUACACGCACAUCGACGUGUCAGAAGUCAGAAGCACAUUCGUCCAUCUCAUCAGUCAGAUAGAGGCUAACUUCUCACACGCCAAGGACCUGCUGAAGGAAUACAAGCUGCUGUCCAACAGGAUCCUUGCAGCCGUUUUUGUUGCAUUGCUAGUUGUUGAGUCUGUGCGCUACUUAAAGUCCUACCUGAUGUCGGUUCGGUUUGAUAACGGCUUCAUCUCUGAAGCUCUCAGACACAAAAAUUCUCAAGACGGUCCAAAGAUCUGCAGAGUAACAAGCCAGGAAUGUGCCUCGUGCUUCAUUUCUCUGGUUGUCGUAACAAUUUACUUUCUUGCAAUAACUUUGAUCGUGGUUUUGGAUCAUGUGGUCUAUCAUAUAGUUCAGAUGAUUGUACCCUGGCUGAUGGAUCUUCCUCCAACAACUGCUAGCAUCAGUGUUAGUUAUCAGGUUACGUAUUUCCCUCCUGGCUUGUGCAUCAUCCCUCAAGCGUGCGUCACACGGGAGCUGACGGAUUUCCAUAAGGUUUACAGCUGGACCUUUGACCCCGAGCCGUUGCUCUGUAACGUGACAGCAUCAGCCCCGAGCCACGGAGUGUCGCUCCUGUUGGGAGGUCUCUGGAUGAUGAGCUACCUCCUGGUGUUCCUGGAGCUUUAUGCAAGACGGCUUCGCCGACAAGUCUGCAUCUCGUUUUUCAGGGAACAGGAGGAAAGGAGAAAAGCCCAUCUGACGAGGAAAAUACUGGAGAAGGAGAAGAAAAAGAACAAUCAGGAGAAUAUUACCAUUAAAAUUUGUGGUUCCGAGUGA